CUUAUAAUUUUGGUUCCUCACGGUUCAUUUUGCAAAAAAAAAUAAGGAAAGACAAGAGUAUCAAAAUUGUAUUUAUUCGUAAUUACAAAAUGAGUGUAUAGUUUGCUGUUUUUUUCCGAUUCCCAUUUUAGGAUAUAAUUUUGCAUUUCUGUUUAAAACCCGCACGGAAAAUCGGCUUUGAUCGAAUUUCUCUAAGAACCCAAACGUAUCCCAUAACAUUUUCAUUAUAAUUAGAAUUGAAAAAUAUGCAAUUUUCGCGUUCUUUUCGAAUUUUGCGUCGAUGAUUAAGGCGAAAUGUCAAAUUUCCAAUAUCAAGGUGCCAGUCGAGCGACCACACGGCAGCCAUCACAGCGGUUAUGUACAAAGCUUGGCAGCGGGUUUGUGGUAAGUGCAAAGUGUGUAGUGAUACUCCGUAUUUUAUAGCAUUUUGAGGAUAUUAAGAGGACUAAAAAUACAGAUGCAUCGAACGAUGGGCGAAGGUAUAUUUUAAAAUGCUUGAACAAAGCAUUUAUGCGAUGCAGCAGUUUUCUCGAAGAAUCAGCUGACUACUAGGCUGAGGAUUUGGUUAGUUUUGACUUUUACUAAACUGCAUCAACAUGCAACAAGUUGAAACGCCAACAGCUAACAACAUUUUAUUUUACAAGGAACCUCCACCACGGGUAGAGCAACAGGUCGACCCCGUGAAUGGAGUAGUUCAACCUCCGGUCCAUCCCCCUCCAAGUAGACCGGGGCGAAAUACUAACCAGUUGCAAUUCUUAUUUAAAACUGUCUACUCUGCUGUUUGGAAACAUCGAUUUUCAUGGCCAUUUCGUCAACCUGUCGAUGCAAUGAGACUUAACUUACCAGACUACCAUAGAAUAAUUAGAUAUCCCAUGGAUUUAACUACGAUCAGGAAACGAUUAGAAAACUGUUAUUAUUGGUCCGGAAAAGAAUGCAUACAAGAUUUUAAUACGAUGUUUACGAAUUGUUACGUUUAUAAUAAACCAGGGGAGGACGUGGUGGUCAUGGCGCAGGUGUUAGAAAAAGUCUUUCUUACAAAAGUAGCCGACAUGCCUAAGGAGGAACACGUAAUUGAUGCUCAGUCAAAAGGAAUCAAAGGUAAAAAAGGUAGAACAAGUACACCAGGUGUUGUAGGGGUGAGCGCGGGUCGUGGACGCCCCCCUGCAGUAUCUUCCACUGUAUCAACUACACCCGUCGCCACAUCUACCGGAUCCACUGGACUUCCUCUAGUACCACAAGUUGCACCUAUCGUUCCUGGUGUACCCACAACAAUUGCUCCACCGCCGCCAGUAACUCACAGUAACUUACCACAGCAACUAGUUCAACCCAGUAUAGGCUAUCAUGUGGCACAACCUUUAUCAAAUCCGUUAGAACCACCUAAUUUAACACCUAAUGUAUUACCUGGAAAUGUUAUGCCACCUGCACAACCAGCAAAGGUCAAAAAAGGCGUAAAGAGAAAGGCUGAUACAACAACCCCGUCAGCAACUUCGUAUGAUUAUAAUGCGUCAUUGGAGUCCAAAUCGGCAAAGAUCUCAACGAGGCGUGAAUCUGGGCGCCAAAUAAAAAAACCAGUCAGGCCAGAUCUAGAUGGAUUAGUACCUUAUAAUCAAGCGAGCAUUUCACCUCUUAUGACAAAUAUGAACGCAGUUCCGCCAACACACCCUUCUCACAAGUCAAAAGAGAAACUUUCGGAAGCUUUAAAAUCCUGCAAUGAAAUUUUGAAGGAGCUGUUUACUAAAAAACAUUCGAGUUAUGCGUGGCCAUUUUACAAACCGGUUGACGCAGAACUAUUAGGCUUACAUGAUUACCAUGAUAUUAUUAGAAAUCCUAUGGAUUUGGGUACCGUUAAACAAAAAAUGGACAAUAGAGAAUACCGCACUGCUCAAGAAUUUGCAGCAGAUGUCAGACUGAUAUUUACCAAUUGUUACAAAUAUAACCCUUCGGAUCACGACGUUGUGGCAAUGGCUAGAAAAUUACAAGAUGUGUUCGAAAUGAAUUUCUCCGCCAGAUUCGCCAAGAUUCCAGAUGAACCUAAUUCUAGGAUAGGCGGAAGCUCUUCAGCCAAAUCCGAUUCCAGUUCGUCCGGUUCGAGUUCAGAUUCGUCAAGCGAAACGGAAGAUUCGGAAGAGGAGCGGCGGAAUAAGCAACUUAAAAUGUUAGAGAAAGAAUUAAUUGCCAUGCAGGAGAAGAUGCGGAAAUUUGUAGAAGAAAGUAUUAAACGGAAAAAGGCGAAGAAAAAGGCUAAAGAAGCCGAAAAGUCAAAGAAAUUAGUUACAAAUAGUAAUAUCGGUAAACCAGCUGCACAUAAUAAUGCCCCAGUAAAGCCCAAUAAUGUAGUUACAGACACUGUUGAUGAUAGCAUAGCAAGUGUUGUAUCAGGUGCAGAUGCGAAACUACCACCAGCAGAUCCUCAUCACCCUCAACCUUCCAAGUCGCUGAAUAUGCAUCAUUCAAUGACUGGUCCAAAUGCCACAACUAAACCACCCAAGAGCAAAGGGGUUCGAGGGCCCAAAGUAUCUCAAGGACCAAAUGCUACCCAAAAAAGACAGAAAACAAAUAGUAAAACGGGAACGGGUAGAAAAAAAUCCACAUCUCAGGCACCGCCAUUAGCGUUUGAUUCUGAAGACGAAGACAAUGCCAAGCCGAUGUCGUACGAUGAAAAACGGCAGUUAUCUCUGGAUAUCAAUAAACUGCCAGGAGAUAAACUUGGCCGAGUUGUACAUAUAAUACAAUCGAGAGAGCCUUCGUUAAGAGAUUCUAAUCCAGACGAAAUAGAAAUAGAUUUCGAAACUCUUAAACCUUCCACGUUACGAGAGUUAGAAAGCUAUGUCGCUUCAUGCCUUCGGAAAAAGCCACGUAAGCUUGAUUAUAAGAAAGUGCCAGGUAAAUCAAAAGAUGAACAGAUGGCAGAAAAAAAGCAAGAAUUGGAGAAGAGAUUGUUAGAUGUAAAUGAUAAAAUCGGAAACACAAAGAAGACUGCCAAGAAAGAUGAAGCAAACAAAGGCGAUCCAGCGGGUGCUGGUGGGCCGUCCGGUGGAAGAUUAUCGUCUAGUUCGAGUAGUUCAGAUUCUGACAGUAGCAGUUCGAGUUUGUCUACCAGUUCUAGUGAUUCUAGUGACAGCGAAGCAGGUGCUUCUAAUCGUCCGACGAAGAAAAAGAGUAAAAAGUCACCAAAUCCAACUACCAUCAAUACAGCGGCUUUGCCGAAACCGCAUCAGCCACCAGCAACGGUUCCAGUUAGCAUUGAAAACAUCAACAAACCAUUGUACAAUCAAGUUCCUCCAGUCACUGUAUCUAAUCAUAUAAUUAAUAAGUCAACCGUAAUGCCACCUGUAAAUCGAAAACCACCAAAUACUGAACCGGAAAAAAUGUCAUCGUCGGUUCCAUUACAACCUGUUGUUCCUACAACGAUAGCGCAAGAGAUUAAAUUAGAAUCCCUUCCUGAACCCACUAUAGAUAAGAAGUCUCUUGUAUUAUCACCUUUACCUAGUACUUAUACUGAUCCUCUAGAACAAUCGCUGGCAAACUUAGAACAUGAAGUUAAAAGUGAACCUUUAAAUAGUUUAAAUACGGGUAUUAGUCAAAUUCCCCCUGUUGUUAAUAGUUCUAUCACUAAUAUUAUUCCUAAUGCAAAUCCUAUUCCUAAUCUCAAUCCUAGUCCUAAUUUAAAUCCUCGACCUAUCUUACAGCAAACCUUAUUGGAUCACAAACCUCUCAUUACCAUGUCUAACAAUAUCAUCCCUGUAAAUUCAAUGAUGCACGGAUUACACAACACGUUGGAACAUGAUUUGACUUUACUACCGUCAAACCUGAAUACAACCAAUAUGAUACAUUCAACUAACAAUGGAUUCGCUCUCAAACACGAAUACGAACUGACCACCAAUAACAAUGGAUUGUCUGCCGCAGGAGGUAUUCCAAUGAAUAUGUCGAUCCCGUCCAUGUUUGAUCCUUUACCUCAGUUAAACACUGUCAGUGUAAAAAAAGAACAGCCUUUAAUACAACCAAAGCCAAUAGAGGAACUGACCGAACCAGUUCCACACAUGAACAUGACUGAAAAGAAAACCACGCCACCUGAUCAAAAGCAUCCACCAAAUUUUAAUUUUAAACCAAAGUCUGAUCAAAACAUAAAAAACGCGAGUUCAUGGUCAAGCUUGGCGCAAACGAGCAACUCACCACAAAACCCAGUUCCGAGCGCCAAUAAUGUCGCUAACAACAAUAGCAAUACUAGGCAACUACAGGUCAUGGAUAGUUUUAAAGCUUUCCAAAAACAAGCGAAAGAGAAGGCUGACCGAGAAAAACAACGAUUAGAAAUUUUGGAAAUGAAACGACAACAAAAGGAACAGGCUGAGAAAGAAAGGCUGAAAUUAGAAAUUGAAAAACGAAAGGAGAAGGAAGAGGAAGACGCGUUAGAGAAAGCUAGGAAAGCUGUAGCUGAGCAGCAACAGUCAUUGCCCGCCAGUAGGGUUGAUGAGUUACGACAAUCUCCUGCUGAAGGAAGUAUAUCGCCAGGUUCUCAAAGUUCGGGUUCUGAAAGGACGGACAGGGAACGACAACGGUUGCGUGAACAAGAGCGUAGAAGACGGGAAGCGCUGGCAAACCAAAUUGACAUGAAUAUGCAAAGUGAUUUAAUGGCUGCGUUCGAAGGAUCAUUAUAAACUCUCAAGAAUUCUGUUAGUGAUUAUAUUGGUAUAUUCUAAUUUGCACAAUUUAUAUAAAUUAAAGACAUCAAGAUCAUUUUGUGGCUUCCAAUUCAUGUUGUGCUUUGAAAGUUCAGUAAUCGACACAAACGCUCAGUUUAUCAUCUUCAGGCAUAGACGUGAAUUUUUAAAUAUAGCAGUUCUAUCCAUCGUAUAAUAAGUUUGUAUAUAUUAUAGAUAUAAUGUUAAUAUUUGAUUAUUAAAUUGUGAAAUACUGUACAUAAAAAUGGGUAGUAAUUAGAUUUUUAACAUGCAGCAUUCGAAAAGCAAAUGGUGGCCGACUAACAUAUUUGCGCAAAUAUCAUUUCAAAUUAUUUCUGCCAUUUAUCGUGAACAUCUUUUGUAAAUAUCUGUAUCGAUAAUCAAGUAUUGACUAAUGCCUAUUGCAAAUUGUUUGUGGGCGUUCGUUUGCUGUUUUUAUGCUGUUGGCCGUCAAAUGGAUGGCUUAAAAAUAAAUGUUACGAGUAAUAAAUUUUGUAGAAAUUUGUGUUUACCAUGUUUUUUAAUUUAAAUAUAAAAAUAAAAAAUAAAUUUAUUUUAUGAAAUAUAAUGCCUAGCAUUAUUAUUUAGGGUAUUUUUCAAAACUAUUAGGGCAAAAAUUCCAGUUUCAAAUAUUUUUAUGAGAACAGCCAACUGUAUUCAAGUGUUUAAAAAGUGUAACUUCUGGCACUGUUUUCAGAAUAAUAAUAAUAUGUAGCUAGGUACUGAAUAAGGUAUAAAAAAAUUAUUGCUAACAAUGUGAAACAUAUAGUGUUAUUUUGAUUUUUGUUUCCUUUGAAAACCAAAUUAGGUUUAGUAAUUUUUGCACUUUAUUUAUGACCGGCUGAUUAGAUUUCUGUUGUGUGUUUACAUUUACACUAAUACAUGUUACUUUAUUUUGUUAAGUCUUGGCCAAUAAGGAAACCAAAUUAGAAUAACAAAUUCCAUGCGACAAAGUUACAUAUGCAAUUUUGUAUGUAUCAUAAAUUGUACAAAUUUAUUGUCUCGUGUGCCCUUGUUUAUUAUUU